UGUCAUGUCCAUGAUGCUCACUCAAGACCACAAGACAAGUUUGCCCAAAAGUCCCUUGUUCGUUCUUUUGAAGGACUAAGCAAAAGGAGAAAAAAGAUGGGGUUAUUUUGGCGAUGGAGAUUAAGGCAGAGGGGGGCUUUUUGUCAUUUGUGCGAGACAAGCCAUUCAUCCAUCCCCCGUUCAGAGCCCAAAAAAAAGGCUGGUCCCAGAAAUUAGCAGUUUCAGCUCAGCAGCAGAGGCGUCGGGCUGUGAAGGAACAGAGAAAUUGACUAAUUAGCAAUGCGCACUAAAACUUGACGGUUCUCUCCAUAACGCAGAGAGAAAGAGAGGAAAGACUCGCCUUUUCUCCUCUCCUCUUUUUCCAUAGAUGUUUGAAAUCGCAGUCAUUUACGCUCGACAGUUUUUACAAUAGCCUUGAGCCAUAAUUUUGCGAGUCUCUCCAGCAUCCAUACCCCUGCGCGGUCUCUCUCCACCGGCCAUGCGCGUCCGUUUCUCUCCCCGACCGUGGAUUUCCUAUUACUCUCGUUACGACUCACUGAGCCCCAGGCCCAAGGAUAAUGAUGUGUUGUUUCUUGGUAGCAUAAUUUGUCACACGUAUAUUUCUUCUUCUUCUUCUUCUCUUGCAGAAAGCACACGGCUCCUCUCACACUCACACACACUUCUUCUUCUUGUUAAUUCAGAGGAAACAUAAAUGAUCAAUGAUCUUGAAUGAGUGGGGAUCAAUGGUUAGGAUUCUGAUCCAUCGAUCAUAGACUUUUCCAACAGGACCGAACAAAGAAAGUGCACUGAAGGAGCCGCAGCUUUACUUUUCUUCAAGUCAGGAGGUGUGCGCAGCCCCGAAGUCAUGUCCAGAUCGGGUGACCGAACCUCCACGUUUGACCCGACUCACAGCGACACUCUGCUGCACGGUCUCAACCUGCUGUGGAGGAAGCAGCUCUUCUGCGAUGUGACUCUGACGGCGCAGGGACAGCAGUUCCACUGCCACAAAGCCGUGCUGGCGUCCUGCUCGCAGUACUUCAGGUCCCUGUUCUCCACGCACAUGCUGAGCAGAGAAGACGGGCUGGCGGCGAAGGACCAAGGCAGCAGCGGCACCCCGUCCUCCUCCCCCGACGACAAACUCCUGCCCAGCCCGCGCUCCACCAUAAACAACCUGGUGCUGCAGGGCUGCUCCUCCAUCGGUCUACGACUGGUGCUGGAGUACCUCUACACGGCCAACGUGACCCUCUCCCUGGACACGGUGGAGGAGGUGCUCUCCGUCAGCAAGAUCCUCAACAUCCCCCAGAUCACCAAACUCAGCGUGCAGUUCCUCAACGACCAGAUCUCGGUGCAAAACUACAAGCAGAUCUGCAAGAUCGCAGCUCUGCACGGGCUGGAUGAGACCAAGAAGCUCGCCAACAAGUACCUGGUGGAGGACGUGCUCCUCUUGAACUUUGAGGAGAUGUGCGCCAUGCUGGACGCCCUGCCUCCGCCCGUGGAGUCGGAGCUGGCGCUCUUUCAGAUGUCCGUGCUGUGGUUGGAGCACGACAGGGAGACCAGGAUGCACUAUGCUCCCGACUUGAUGAAGCGUCUGCGCUUCGCCCUCAUCCCUGCCCCAGAGCUGGUGGAGAGGGUGCAGUCGGUGGACUUUAUGAGGAGUGACCCGGUGUGCCAGAAACUGCUCCUGGAUGCCAUGAACUACCACCUGAUGCCCUUCAGACAGCACUGCAGACAGACCACAGCCAGCAGGAUUCGUUCAAACAAACGGAUGCUCCUGUUGGUUGGAGGCCUUCCCCCGGGUCCCGACCGCCUCCCCAGUAAUCUGGUUCAAUACUACGACGACGAAAAGAAGACAUGGAAGAUCCUUACUAUAAUGCCGUAUAACAGCGCCCAUCACUGUGUGGUUGAGGUGGAGAACUUCCUGCUUUUAUUGGGUGGAGAAGACCAGUGGAACCCUAAUGGCAAACAUAGCACCAACUUUGUAAGCCGAUAUGAUCCGAGAUUCAAUAGCUGGAUACAACUACCGCCCAUGCAGGAGAGGAGAGCGAGUUUCUUCGCUUGCUGCCUGGAUAAGCACUUGUAUGUUGUUGGGGGAAGGAACGAGACAGGUUAUCUGUCUAGCGUUGAAGCCUAUAACCUUGAGACAAACGAAUGGAAUUACGUUUCGUCUCUUCCACAGCCGCUGGCUGCACACGCAGGCGCCGUGCACAAUGGGAAAAUAUACAUCUCAGGUGGCGUUCACAACGGUGAAUACGUGUCUUGGCUGUACUGCUACGACCCUGUGAUGGACGUGUGGGCUCGGAAACAGGACAUGAACACCAAGCGAGCAAUACACGCUCUCGCAGGCAUGAACGACCGCCUCUACGCUAUUGGGGGAAACCACUUAAAGGGAUUCUCUCAUCUGGAUGUGAUGCUGGUUGAAUGCUACGACCCUAAAGCAGAUCAGUGGAGCAUCCUGCAAACGCCCAUCUUAGAGGGACGCAGCGGGCCUGGGUGUGCUGUUCUUGAUGACAGUAUUUACUUGGUGGGAGGCUACAGCUGGAGCAUGGGGGCGUAUAAGUCAUCCACCAUUUGUUACAGCCCAGAGAAAGGCACAUGGACAGAAAUGGAAGGAGAAGUGGCUGAACCUUUAGCCGGACCGGCCUGUGCCACAGUCAUACUGCCAGCCUGUUUACCAUUUAACAAAUAACUGUACAGAACGCCGAAUAAUGCGGCCGAGAAGAGGAUGGAAAGUCGAUCGCUAAAGGAAUCAAAUAAAUGAGGAGACUCUCCCUGUGGAUGCCCCCAGCUUUUGAACAGGUGUUGAUGAGGUGUACAGAUUAUUAUUUUUUUACUGGUCUGACAAGAGCACUUUGUUUCUUUCAUACCUAACAGUGUCAAACUGAUAUAAUCAUCGACUUUACGUAUUUGAUGCUCACGUGUGUUGACAUUCAGCUGCUCACAUUCAAUGCUUUUUUAAUCAUAAAUGUUUUGACAUAGCACGCAUUAUUUGGUUUUAAGCAAAUCGACGUACUUUGUGUUUUGUGGAAACCGCCGAUCAAAGACAAUGUGGAAGUGGGUUGACAAAGAAAUAUUCAUGUUUUUACAAGCAAAACUCAUGAUUCUGUGUACACUGUGGAGUAGAUAUCAGCUAUUUAAUAUAUAUCACACCAUGUCUGCUUGUUAGAUAUUGUCACCAUACUUGAGUGGCACAUUGUUAUUUGUACAGAUGAGAGGGGAAAAAAAUUCAAUUAUUAAAAAAAAAAAACAUUUCAGUAAGACACAAGUUAUGAUUUAUUGUUUGAACAAUCAGUAUAUUAUUUAUUUAGCCAUGUGGUAUAUAUGCAUGGUGUGAAGUGGAAAGCUUAUUGUGUUUUAUCGUGGGUACAUAUUUGUUUCUGUUCAUAUCUGUUCAUAUCUCACAGUGCCUAUUUUUAGCAUCAGGCUGCUUUAUUUCAUAAAAUUUCCCAUUAUAAGAAUCAGACCUUUUAAAUCGAGUCAAAAUCAUAUUAAUUAUUGGCCUGAUUGGUUUCUCUGAGACGUGAUAUGAAAUCUGAAUUUGUUGCACUGGUGUUUGUUGGCCCUUUUGAUGAUAAAAGGGAAUGUUUUUCAUCGUUGUAAAUAAUCACUUGCAGUGGAACAUUUUUGUGCUCAUAGGAUUUAUUCUCAAAUCCUGUUAUGUUCUUUACAUUUAGUCUAUGAAAAUAAAACUGAAUUUCUGGAUCAAUAAUCUGUCUGGGCUCCCCCA